AUCCCUCUUGGUUUUGAUUACGAGAUCUCGCUGAGAAACCGAUAGAGAACAUUUCAUCACUAUCCUUAACAAAUUUUCGUUUUCAUUUUUCAUUUUUUUUUCCCCACGAGGACACUGCAAACUUAUGUGUCAUUCUAUUUAGCCUCUAGUCUAGAUUCCUAUUACCCAUUACCUCUUUUAGUUUGCCUUUAUCUAUCCAGAUACCUUAAUUCCGACUCGAGCAAACAACAAAGCAAAAAUGAAGUGGUUGUCACUUGCCCUUGCGACAUACGUCGGGCUUGUCACAGCUCACGGUGACCACGCCAUCCCCCACGUAGUAGGAGGACGACAGAUUCUUGCGGAGCUUCGGGCACGCGGUGUACUCAGGAGCCACAAUCAUCAUGCGCGACAUGCAGAGGCAGCCCCAGCUACCUCUCAAAACAGCCAAAGGCUCGUUACUCGCCAGGCCAAUGGUGGUAAUACUAGUGGUGAAUGUGGCAAAGGCUUUGGCUCAUGCGCUUCUGGAUACUGCUGUUCUCCUGCCGGAUGGUGUGGCAACACCCCGGCCUAUUGCAAUGCCCCCGAUUGUCAGAUCAACUAUGGUUCCGGCUGUGACGCACUCAAGAAGCCCAGUGGAACUGAUACAACCAACAUCCCAAGGCCACUCGUCGGCACUGUGGCGUAUGGUGGCCUGGGCAUCUAUGACUGUGUUACCCAGGGUGAUAUUGCCCUGACCUUUGACGACGGUCCAUACAAGUAUACUGGAGAUCUCCUAGACAUUUUCAAGCGAUAUCAAAUGGUGGCUACUUUCUUUGUUACUGGUAACAACAUAGGCAAGGGCAUGAUCAACGAUCGCACCAAGCCCUGGGCUGGAUAUAUCCAGCGCAUGAUUGCCGAGGGCCAUCAAGUCGCCAGCCAUACAUGGUCUCACCAGAACGCCAGCCAGUUGAACGAUGACCAGUACAGACAGCAAAUGCACUAUAACGAGAUUGCUCUUGCUGACAUCAUUGGAUACUUCCCGACUUACAUGAGGCCACCUUACUCAAUCUGCGAGAGCAACUGCCAACGGCUCUUGACCGAGCUUGGUUAUCAUGCCAUCUACUUCGAUCUUGAUACUGAAGGCUACCUCCACGAUACUCCAGAAGGAGCCCAGAUUGGUAAGGACAUUUGGGACAAGGCUGUCGGGCCAGCCAACCCUGCCGACAGGAGUUUCCUCCAAAUCGAGCACGACCUGCAGUACCAGUCCGUCUACAACUUGACAGAGUACUUCCUCAAGUCCAUCCAGGCCAAAGGAUUCAGGAGCGUGCCCGUAGGCGUCUGUCUUGGCGAUGACCCGGCCAACUGGUACCGCAAGGUCAGCAAGGAUGUUCCCACCGUAUGGCCACCUGCAGGUGUCACUGUAGCAACUCCCACCGGCACGCCGCCCACUCCCAGCUCUUCCGGAUCACCUACUCCCAGCGGCGGCCUCAAAGUCAGCACCGACGCGUCAUGCGGUAAUGGUGUCACCUGCCAGGGAUCCACGUUUGGCAACUGCUGCAGCGUCCACGGCUGGUGUGGCAGCACCGACUCCUACUGUGGCGAUGGAUGUCAGCCAGGUUUUGGCACCUGUUCUAACGCUUACCUCUUCCAGCAGCUCGGUCGCAUCAUCAUCCGUCUCAAGCUCCUCUUCAACAUCUGCUUCCCCCACCAGCGUAUCCACUACGUCUGCUUCAUCUAGCCAAUCGAGUACCUCUACUUCUACCAUCGUUCCCCUGGACACAUCUUCCAUCGAUUCCACCUCCACUAGCGCCUCAAGCACGUCUGCAUCUGUCAGUUCGUCCACCGCGACAGACAGCACCGCCUCUACCUCUAGUGCUACUUCCUCCGCCAUCACGUCUAGCACA